ACCUCUAGGUUCCCUCUGGCGCCCAGGCCGGGGCUGCAGAGUGCGUGCCUGGAGGGGGGCGGUGCGGGAGGCUCGCCCCCUCUCCCUCUUCCUGGCCCCCUCCCUCCAGCCCUCCGGAUGACCACAUGACCAAGUGGGCUCUCCGCCAAACUCCGGGCUACAAAAUGCAGCCCCUAGAGUGAGUAGGGAGCAUUCUCACUGGCAGCCUGGACCACGGGCAGCUGGAGCCGGCGGCCGAGCAGCCAGCCACUUUGGAAAGAGCCCGCUGCCUUCCCGGAGCCCCUGAAGCCAGCUUGGCGGCGCUGCCCACUCCAGGGAGGGAUAGGCUGCAAGAGGGGCAGAGGCCAGCCUGUGGCGCGGCCCGGGAGCUCCGAGAGCUCUGCGCCCACUAGCCCACACGAGCCGCUGCGAGAGUCUUUCUUGGCCUGCGGACGCCUGACUUCUCCGCCUCCCCGCCUCCUGACCAGGCUAGAGGAGCAGCAUGAAUCUGUGGCUGUGCGUGCAGGCGCUCCUGCUGGUCUGGCUGUCCCUGACCGCGGUGUGUGGAGGGCCCCUGCCACAGCCUUCUGCCAGGAAGGGGCUGGAGGAAGGCAAUAUCCACCACCAGGUGCAGCCCAAAGGGUCCAGGAAUGGACCAGGACCCUGGCAGGGAGGUCGGAGAAAAUUCCGCCGCCAGCGGCCACGCCUUUCUCAUAAGGGCCCCAUGCCUUUCUGAAGCAGGACUGAAGGGACCCUCAAGUACUUCCCCCCCUGCACUUCUCUCUACUCCACAGAUUGGUCUGCUUCUCUGGAGCCCUUAUAUCCAUUUGCCUCUCAUCUUGCACACGUCCUGGCUGCUGAUGGUCCCAGCUCUUCUCACCCACCAGCAUCCCUGAAUGACGUGGCCCUUCUCUGCACUGACUUUGGAGACCCAGCACUGCAAGGCCAUCCUUUUUCUGGAUCUCAUACUGCUCUAGUAUCCACCACUCCCAUCUAAUAUCGCAACCUCCAAGCAGCCCUCCCUUCCUCAGGUUUGCCCUGGGGGCUGCAUGGAAACACUCCCUUCUUGAAUGGGCUCCAGUAGAUGCCAGGUUUUCAUGCCAGUUGGACCUUUAGCAGGCCUCCAGAGGAAAGUAAAGAGAUGAGCAAUGAGAGACUUUAGGGGCUUUGGCAUGUGGACAGGGUGCCUUGGGGGCAUUGGAGUGGUGGGUUGGUGCUCUGGUAAAGGGGAGGGGUGUAGCAUUGGAGAAGAGGAGGAAUAGCUUUGUGGCCACUUUCUCAUCCCAUGUUUGGCCUGGUUAAUUCCGCCGCCAGCGGCCACGAAGAGGGGCAUACAGCACUCUGUCACUUCUUCCAUCUUACUGUUUCUUCUAACACUCCCCCCAACUCACUGCUCCCCAACUUCCUCUGCCCCCCACCACCAGCAAGUUCAAGCUCUAGCUCAGGAGGGGAGGGUGAUGGACCUCAGGUGGCUCCAUACUCUCCCAGGAGCAAAAGCCAAGCAGAUGUGUUUUUGCCAAGAAUCACAGAAUAUCAGAGCCAAAGGGAAUCUUGCAGAUCACUAAGUUCUGCCUCCUUACGCAAACUCCUGCAAAGACAGAGGCCUAGAGAGGGAGAGUGACCCACUGAGGGUCACUGUACAGCCAGAAUGAGGACCUAGGUCUCCCAAGUCCCACUUGAUGAUGUCCUCUUCUCUGUUGGUGUCUUCAAAACAUAUUAAGUGCCUUUUCUUGGGGUUGGGUUGGGGCCGGCUGGGAAGGGAGAGGACAGUGGACUGUGAACUGCCCCAUGGUGGAAGUGACGUGGUGGCCGUGGUAUGGGGGACAGAGCUGCUCCAGCCUUUCUGGCCUGCCUCUAGGCUUCAUUCCCCAAUCUGGGUUGAAAAAUCCCUUAGCUGGCCAGCUGACACCAUUCUGUUAGCACUCCCAGACCCCCAAUAUUUUCUUAGGGGCAGCUCAGGCACUGAGAUUAACAGUCCAACCCCAGCACUGGUUUUCAGGAGCUCGGAGUUGGCCUUGAGUAAUUGGACUCAAUAGCCUUCCCUUCAUGUUGACUGGACUUUCUUUCCCAGUGGCCUUCCCUUUGUGGGAGGGGGAGGGAGAGAAGAAGGAAGGGAAUGAGGAGGUGAAGGAGAGAAGGAAGGAUGGGAGGAAGGAUAGGUCUGAGCAGGCUUCCUUCUCAGAGGCCUCCCAGGAGUGAAGAAAAGGGGAGACAAGACCAUGAUGGCCAUCUAUGUAUGUUUGGGGGCAGAGGGAGUCAGGGUCCCCAAAUCCCACAAUGACCCUUAUGUUGCCUACCUGCCUCUCACCCUUACCUCUGCUGCUGCUAAUGCUACUGCUACUGCUGCUUUAAGGCCCACCCUGGGAGCCCGCCUGGGCAUUUGCCUCUCCCCACAUCCCUUAGACUUGGAGGAGGGGCUGGCCAGUGUCCAGAAAGCCUCUUCUGCCACUGAUGCCUCCACCAGGAGCUGGGCCUUAUUUCCCCUCUUCCUCUCUGUAUCUCCUGCCUCAUUAGCUGCCUAGCCCCACGUGGAAGGGAGGAAGGGGGGACAUGAGGGAUGGCACAAGGCAGUGGAGGGCAGUGGGGACCUGGGGGCCUGUCUUAUUUAAAGUGGUUGUGUAUGAUUCUUAUACUAAUUUAUACAAAGAUAUUAAGGCUCUUUUCAUUAAGAAAUGUCCCCUUCCCAUAGUUGUGUUCACUUGUGUUUGUAAAGAUUGUUCUAUGUAAAUAUGUCUUUAUAAUAAAAAGUUAAAGAUGACAAUUUGCCCUUACUUGUGGAGGUCAUGUUCAGGAGAGCCCUUCCAGUCCUCUGAGGUCCAUGGUUGUCCCCAGGCCCACAUGUUGCAUAUGCAAGGCAGUAUGCUUGCAUCCCAAAUCGAUUCCAGGUCACAUGGGCACAAACCAAUUUGCCACAAACUCACAAAAUCUUUAUGCUUAACGGUUGGUUCGCAUAAAAUUCAGUCCACUUUGAACUGUUUUGGCAUCUGUUUGGGUGUCCUAUUUUUUUUUUUUUUGUAGUGUCAUCAAAAAGGAUGUUCAGAAAUCAAUGUAUUUAAGAACAUUCUGGUUAAAGGUGGGAUUUCUACUAAAAAUUGUUUUGUAUCCUUGGUGGGUAUCUUCUACUUUUUGAACACUUUUGGGACUUUUUAGCCAGUUUGCCUCUCUUGAAAAAUGUUAUGUUUCCUGCAAUAAAUACAUUUGGUAAUGA